CCGUCACCAUUUGGGAUCCACCACCGCAUGUUUGCUAGGGUGCAGGCACGCUUCUAUUGAGCCAACAUGACUUCAGUUUCUCCGUAGUCCUCUAUCAUUUUAAUUUUCCCUCCCACCCAGUCUCCUAACGAUGGCGUCCGGCAGUGCAGGUAGCAGGGUCUCCUGCGGGAGAGAUUUGAGUUGUGUUCCCGAAGUGGCGGAUACACUCGCCGCGGUCGCCAAAUUAGGCUUUGAUUUCCUGUGCAUGCCGUUGUUCCACCCACGGUUUCGUCGGGAGUUUGAACUGGACCCUGCUAAGUCACGACCCGGAGCCCAAACACGUUCUGACCUGCUGUUAUGUGGCAGAGAUUGGAACACACUUAUCGUGGGAAAGCUGUCCUCCUGGAUUGAGACAGACUCAGAGUUGACAACAGAGCGCAGGAAUUCAGAAGCAGCGGUGGUACAGGAGCUCAAUUUCUGUGCUUAUCUCGGGCUGCCAGCUUUCAUGAUCCCCCUAAGGGGUCCGCACUAUGCCAACCUGGCUCGGAUCCUGCUCAACCACAUCCACACAGGACAUCACUCUUGCAUGUUUUGGAUACGAGUUCCACUGUUGGCUGCUGAGGACACGCGUGAAGAUCUCAUUGAGAACGAGCCGUCUAAACCAAUAGAUGAUGGCAGCAAUGAUGAGAAGACUUGGGGAUGGUGGCACUCAUUCAGAACACUCUGUGACUAUAACAAGAGGAUUUGCCUUGCAAUUGAGAUUGGAGAAGACCUGCCAUCUGACACGGUGGUCGACAAGUGGCUUGGAGAGCCGAUCAAAGCAGCCAUUCUCCCCACCAGCAUAUUUUUAACCAAUAAAAAAGGAUUUCCGGUCCUUUCAAAAGCCCACCAGCGAGUUCUCUUCCGCCUCUUCAAGCUUGAGGCUCAGUUUAUUUUCACAGGGGCGAACCGCCAUAGUGAGAAAGACUUGCGCUCGUAUCUGCAGUAUCUAGAGUACCUCAACCAAAACCGUCCCGCACCUAAUGCCUACGAGCUCUUCGCCAAAGGCUAUGAAGAUUACCUACAGUCACCACUGCAGCCUUUAAUGGACAAUUUGGAAUCACAGACGUAUGAAGUUUUUGAAAAGGAUCCGAUUAAAUAUUCUCAGUACCAACAGGCUGUAUAUAGAUGUCUGCUAGACAGAGUUCCUGAAGAGCAGAUGGAAACCAAUGUGCAGAUUUUGAUGGUACUAGGUGCAGGCCGUGGUCCACUGGUAAACGCCUCACUUCGUGCGGCAAACCAGGCUAAGAGGAAGUUGCGCGUAUAUGCUGUUGAGAAGAACCCUAAUGCUGUAGUCACGCUGGAGAACUGGAAAUUUGAGGAGUGGGGUGAUCAAGUGACUGUUGUGUCAUGUGACAUGAGGGAAUGGACGGCUCCAGAGAAAGCAGAUAUCAUUGUGAGCGAGCUUUUAGGGUCAUUCGGGGAUAAUGAGCUUUCACCCGAAUGCCUUGAUGGAGCACAGCACUUCCUCAAAGAUGGUGGUGUAAGCAUUCCCUGCUCCUACACGUCUUUCCUGGCUCCUUUGUCCUCAUCUAAACUAUACAAUGAAGUACGAGGCUGUCGGGAACGGGACAAAGACCCCGAGUGUCAUUUUGAGACGCCGUAUGUUGUCAGACUACACAACUUCCACCAACUUGCAGACCCCAAGCCAUGCUUCACCUUCGUACACCCCACCACAGAUAUGAAUAAUAACCGGUAUCAAUGUCUACGAUUCCCCGUGGGAUGUAAUUCAGUGCUUCACGGCUUUGCUGGAUACUUCGAGGCCACACUCUACAAAGAUGUCACACUCAGUAUAAAACCUGAAACACACUCUCCUGGGAUGUUCUCUUGGUUCCCCAUCUUUUUCCCUUUGAAACAGCCGAUCCCGCUGUCCUGCGGUGAUAACGUGAGCGUGAGGUUCUGGAGGUGUAACAAUGGAAAGAAGGUCUGGUAUGAAUGGGCUGUGACUGAGCCUACAUGCUCCGCCAUUCACAACCCCGCCGGGCGCUCUUACACCAUCGGCCUGUAGCAAGACUUCCACACUAACAUGGGGUUACACUGACUUAUUUUGGUUCUUUUUAGUCUAGUGGCAGGUUUAAAGGGCCCACCUACACUCACAGAGAUCGUUCUACGUGACAGCGUAGGUCAUUUAUGUAAUGUUCGUAAGGAUGGAAAUUAAAACUGCACUUACGAGGUAUCCUUUAAAGCAAAGUGCGAUUGUCAUGGUGCUCUUUCUUAGUUCAAACACCUGAUAUUUUGAAAAAAAAAAAAAUUAAAGAGUAUUUGGCACUUA